UGUUUAACUUAUGUGCGAUUUCAUGUGGCGCUGCGCAGACUGACCGAAUUGUGGCAUCAAAACUCGCGACAGCGAUCUAAAACGCCAGCCUUAGAAUUGCUCUCGCGAUACUUUGAUGACCCACAGCGAUCUGUGUGCGCAGCGCCGUACGAGGUCGAACACACCCAAAGAGCGCUCGUAUGUCAACUGACGUUCAGCACAGGCACAAAGGGAGGGGUAAAAAGAAAGGCAAGAACUUUUCCGAUAGUUCUCCGUCUCCUCAACAGAAUAUUAACACGAAGCCUAUUAACUUGGAAGCCUGUGUCGGCGAAUAAAUGCAGCGAUAAGCGGAAAAGAGAUAAGAAAUGGCAAAGUGUUGAGUAAACGUUUGCUGUGCUACCCUGUGCAACAGAUGCAAGCAUUAGAAAUUGAUACAGUGUGAAGUCUGUGGCCUUUGGAUAGCAGUGAUACAGUCCCUUCAGCAUGACGUCGGAACUGGACUCCAGUUUGACCAGCAUCGACUGGCUUCCCCAGCUGGGAAUCAGCUCCUUGCGUUCAGGGAAAGAGAGAGUGGAGCGAAAGAAAGAUCGAGGAAGAGAGACGGAUCUACCCCCCUUACCUCCAGUGACCCCCGCAUCUAAUUCCAAAGCGAAGCCUUUGCACAGCUAUGCCACUCUGAUCGCCAUGGCCAUUAGUUCUGCCCCUGAAAGAAAGAUGAGUUUAAAUGAUAUUUACACAUGGAUCAGUGAUACUUUUCCGUAUUACAGCAGAGCAGGAAGAGGCUGGAAGAACUCAAUCCGACACAAUUUGUCCCUAAAUAAAUGUUUCCGGAAAGUCCCUCGACCACAGAGUGACCCUGGAAAGGGGUCAUACUGGACGAUGGAUGGACCCUACCCAUCUCAACCCAGGGGAGUCAAACGUCCUUACCCUAAAGAGGAAGAGUUCCAGAGUCCAUCCUCAGAGACCCAUGAGCUUGUCAAUCAACCAGAGACCCUCCCACUCCAGUCGGACACAAAGAGCGUAUUCUCUUCUCCUCCUUGUAAGCAACGUCCAAGUGCUCCAAUACCCGUAUCUCUUCCGACCUCUCACCCUUCACACCCUCAUCCUGAUCCCCCGCUUCGAUUCUCCUUUGCCGAUUUGAAUCUACCAGACCUGUAUAAUUCCUUUCAGUCCCUGUGUCGCACUGUGAGAGACAGAGUCACCUCACAAUCGGAUUUUUCCACUUUACUUGGACUCAUGAAUGACAGCACACCACUCCACACCCCUACUCUUGCCCCCCUCUCCCCCUGCCCAAACCCCAAUACUAAUCAGUACACCACCCUAAACCCUAAUACCACCGGCAACAUCAACCUAAAUACACCCAAUACUAUCUCUAGUUUUGUCCAUAACCCAAUCCAGAAUCCCCCUAAUGUUUAUUCACAUUCCAACACUGAGCCCGCCAGGCUGAUGCACAAUAAUGUUGUCCCUGCAGACUGGUUCAGUAAUGCUGACUCUUUGAGAGAGAGUUUUAGAAUAGCUAGUAGUCUGGACUGGUCUAACAUUGACCUCACCUCUCACCCUGACUUGGUAGAAAGCAUGCGCCAGGCAGAGCUUUGUGAGUGGGCGUUGGAUUCAACACUUUUCACCUCGCUAUGCGAUUCCCUCAACCGUUUCUUCACUCAAAAGGGUCUCAUUGGCUCCACCUCUGGUGCCCCCUCCCCUUUGGGUCAAAUGGCCCUACCUCCUCUCAGUAUGCCAGCCACCAACCCUCCCACCCUGUGUAGUUUAACUCAACCCUCUUCACUGAGCUACCCCUCCCAGCUUCCUCUUGCCACAGGUGAACCUCCUCUGCAAAGUCCCGGGAGAUCCCUGACCCCACUCGCCCAGCACCAGGCAGCACAGAGACAACCAGAGUUACAGCCAACAACAAGCCAGCCUCUGACUCCUAAUGCACUUCAAACUCAGCCACUGUCCCCAAGAAAUCGUCCGCCUUUGAAGAACCAUCCCAGUGAGGAAAUCCAGGACGACUUUGACUGGGAUUCGCUGAUUGAGUAAUUUUUGUUGGCUUGAUGUUCAGGACACAGAGUAAAACAGGACACGGGACAACAAGACACAAGCCAAUUAAGAGACAAGGUAACAAUAUCUGAAAACAUGGAAAUGAGGUCAACUCAUUCAUCUUUUACAGACGUUUCAUGUGCUGUAUAUAUGAUUUCCUUACUACACCAGAGAGCAUCAUUCAAGGACUUCUUCAGUUUAAAUACACAGUAGUCAGGACCUAACUGAGAUCUACCAACAAAUGUAUGUCAAGGCACGAGUGCUUAUUUGUGCCAUACCGCUCAGAACCUUGAAGAGAGUUGGUCCUGACAAUGUUUUACAUAUUUGUCUUAACUACUAUGCCAGCUGCCUUUUGUGUCAUCAUAUGACAAUAAACAACAGUGUAAAUAACAUUAGCACUUCCUAAGCCUUAGCCAACAGACAAUGGAUGUUGAUAGGCUUUACUAACAAAUUCUGUGUACAUCUAACAGUUUGUAAAGUUUGUCACCCAAAUAGGAAAGUCCUGUAAUGAAUUACUCACUCUCAAGUUGUUUCAAAUCUGUAUACAAUUUGUUCUGUUGAACAUAAAGAUAUUUAGAAGAAUGUUAGCAACUGACAUUUCUGGAAUGUUAAUUGUAGGUAAAAUUAUUGUAUACGUUUUAUUUUAUCUUAUUUUUGUGUUCUGUUGAACAUAAAAUAAGAUGUUUGGGCUAAUUUAGGAAACGCGACAGUUAUGGGUCACUUUUGACUAGCAUUUAUAUUUUUUCUACUAUGGUAGUCAAAAAUGCCCCAGAACUAUCCGUCGUUAAAUAUUUUCCAAAUAUCUUUCCUUGUUCAUCGAAACAGACAUUUAUACAGGUUUGGAAAAACUGUAGGGUUAUUCAUGACAGAAUUUUCACUUUUGGGUGGAGUAUCCCUUAAACAAUACCUUGAGGUACAUUAUGACAAUACAUAUGAAUUAUAUAUUUUGACUGAAAAUAAGGACUUUUGUUUACUUUAUUACUUUAUUUUCCUCACCUUUUCACUUCAGCAUAUCCCCUUAGGGAGCUGGAUUUUGUCUUUUUGAAAAUAAAAUGUGAGACUUUGCCCUA